GCAAUUAGCACCUCAGUAACGAACGACCGACGUCAAGAUGCGUGCCUUAACAAUCCUGUCGAUUUUCUGCCUCAUCGCUGCCUACAACUGCCAGAGCCACGACCUGGCUCUGGGCCAAGCAACGUACGGAGAUGUCGUGAUAUACAAAGUGAACGAAUACAAAUACGGAUUCCCUUUGAUGGUCAGGAAAAGCGACAUUGAAUACCCAGAGGCGGGACAAACCAACUUUGCUUACAUCAGAGCUAUCUUCAUAAAGGACAACGUGAGAGACGGCACCGGGGGAUACCCUACCGUGUCAGCUGGAGGCGUAGGACAAAGAUUUGUCAAGAUCAAGCUCAAGAGCCAAAGAGGCUACGGUUUCAACUUCACAGUGACCAUCUACGGACGAUACUGAACUCCUAAGUAGUGAUGCUCGCCUAGUACUUUGUUGUGAUACGGUGCCAAAUAUCAUAGUGAUUUUAUAUUUAUUGCAGUAUUAAAUUAUUUUCGAUCUAAA